AGCGUGGUCAUUUAAAAAAACGUGUCAGCAAAGGAUCCCGAAAGUCAGCCACGUAGCAGCAGCUCUCGCCACGUCACGACAUUGUGCAUGUGCGAAUGCGUAUACAUAGAUGAUAGAUGUGAUGCGGCUCUGUCACAGAGACACAAAGGGCAAAAGAGAUGGAGAAAAGCGGGGAGCAGGUGCCGCCGGGGAAGGCGAUGAGCAUGGAGCAGCAGAUGCUGGACAAAGGGGCGCAGAUGCUGCAGUCUCUGACGCCCAUCAAGCAGAUGAGCCAGCACGUCUGCACCUUCGCUCUCUACAGCCACGACAUGUCUCGCCAGAUCCAGACCCACCACUAUGUCACCCGCCUCAACCAGGACGUCCUCCAGUGCGCCGUCUACGACUCCGACCAUGCCCACGCCCGCCUCAUCGGUGUGGAGUAUAUUGUAUCCGACAGCCUCUUCGAGAGCUUGCCUCCCGAUGAGCAGAAGUUGUGGCAUUCUCAUGCCUAUGAGAUCAAGUCGGGGCUGUGGGUGAAUCCGCGGGUCCCGGAGAUGGUCGUGAAACCUGAGCUGGAGAAUCUGGCCAAGACAUAUGGCAAGUUUUGGUGCACCUGGCAGACCGAUAGGGGUGAUAAGCUUCCAAUGGGUCCUCCAAGCCUAAUGAUGUCACCCCAGGGGUUGGUGAAGGCGGAUUUGGUGGCGGGCAGGGAUGCCAAGUACAACAUAUCGAGCGAUGCAAUGAAACGGUCGAGGAUUGAGGUGGCGGAGGCCGAGUGGAUCAAUCCGCAGGCAGACUAUUGGAAGCAGCAUGGUAAGGGGUUCCUCAUCGAUGUGGAGCAGACGGAGAUGAACAAAAUAGCCCCAUUUCCUUGACCAUAUAUCAUCAAGUCUGAGGCUGUUAUAUGUAUAAUUUUAAUGUUUAUAUACUAGUAUUAGGUAUAUAUGGUGUCCAUCUAUAUAUAUGGUUUUUUGUAUGUGCCUGGCAUUUUUGGUCAGCUAUGUCGUUUUAAGAAAAUGUAUUAUGUAUUUUUUGUCCUUCGCCUGUUUAUAUUUACGAGAAUGUGUGCAUCGCACACUAGUACUACAUUAAUAAAUUGUUUCUAAUAAAUUUUACAA